GUGAACUCCCGAGUCCGCCCACCGGCCCCCCCGGCCUGAGCAUAUUUAAGAACCCCUCACACUCUGGCCCUUCGUCCCAGUGGAAACUCCAGUCUUGCAUCAAACUCUCGAAGGCCAAUCAACAACAAACCAAACAUGUGCGACGACGACGAGACCACCGCCCUCGUGUGCGACAACGGUUCCGGCCUGGUCAAGGCUGGGUUCGCCGGUGAUGAUGCCCCUCGUGCUGUCUUCCCGUCCAUCGUUGGACGCCCCCGUCAUCAGGGCGUCAUGGUGGGUAUGGGUCAGAAGGACAGCUACGUGGGAGACGAGGCCCAGAGCAAGAGGGGUAUCCUGACCCUGAAGUACCCCAUCGAGCACGGCAUCAUCACCAACUGGGACGACAUGGAGAAGAUCUGGCACCACACCUUCUACAACGAGCUCCGUGUGGCCCCGGAGGAGCACCCCACCCUGCUGACUGAGGCCCCCCUCAACCCCAAGGCCAACAGGGAGAAGAUGACCCAGAUCAUGUUUGAGACCUUCAACGUCCCCGCCAUGUACGUGGCCAUCCAGGCUGUCCUGUCCCUGUACGCUUCCGGUCGUACCACCGGUAUCGUGCUGGACUCUGGUGACGGUGUGACCCACAACGUGCCCAUCUAUGAGGGGUACGCUCUGCCACACGCCAUCAUGCGUCUGGACCUGGCUGGUCGUGACCUGACCGACUACCUGAUGAAGAUCCUGACUGAGCGUGGCUACUCCUUCGUCACAACUGCUGAGCGUGAGAUCGUGCGUGACAUCAAGGAGAAGCUGUGCUAUGUGGCUCUGGACUUUGAGAACGAGAUGGCCACUGCCGCCUCCUCCUCCUCUCUGGAGAAGAGCUACGAGCUGCCCGACGGUCAGGUCAUCACCAUCGGCAACGAGCGUUUCCGCUGCCCCGAGACCCUGUUCCAGCCUUCCUUCAUUGGUAUGGAGUCUGCUGGUAUCCAUGAGACCGCCUACAACAGCAUCAUGAAGUGCGACAUUGAUAUCCGUAAGGACCUGUACGCCAACAACGUCCUGUCUGGUGGUACCACCAUGUAUCCCGGUAUUGCUGACCGCAUGCAGAAGGAGAUCACAGCCCUGGCCCCCAGCACCAUGAAGAUCAAGAUCAUCGCUCCACCUGAGAGGAAAUACUCCGUCUGGAUCGGCGGCUCCAUCCUGGCCUCUCUGUCCACCUUCCAGCAGAUGUGGAUCAGCAAGCAGGAGUACGAUGAGGCAGGCCCCUCCAUCGUUCACAGGAAGUGCUUCUAAGUCCCCACAAUCAGCGCCACAACGCCCCACCAAAACGCAACUUUCCUACCCCCCGUCUGUAUUUCUACUGUGCCUUAUGCUGUAUAUACAUGUACCGUUGUAAUAAAAAUAGCUGCUUAAACAGUCAA